AUGGCUGGCGAGAACCAAGGAGUUGCAGUGUUUUUCUAUCAGUUUUUAGCUAGUCAGGGUGACUGCGUAACUGUCUGUGAUGUAGACGCAAUAUGUCAAGGUUUAUGUGGAGACGCAAUGGAUCACGUGAAAAUGAAGAAGGCUCUGGUUGUCAAUUCGACGGCGACUAUAACAAUGCAAUCAAUAUCUCAACCAGAUGGCUAUUAUCACUCCGGAAUCUAUCUGAAAACAGUUUUGUUCGAAUUUCCUUAUACGCCGUUCGACUACUCGUACUGCAACGUGACAUUCAAGAGCGAGGAUGCAAUUCGUUUGGCUAUAUACGACUUGGUCACAAAAGAAGGGGUUAUUUUUGAAGGGCUGAACUUGUCAGGAGAAGCAACUCGAAUUUCUUUG